AUGAUUCCAGGCUCGGAGUCGAUGGCUGCUCCCGCGAGCUUCACUGCCCGUCGACCGAACGCUUCAAAUCUUCCCAACUUCGAGCUGCCUCCUCCUCCGCUUUCCGCUUUCCAGCAGAAGUACCCCAGCUACCAGGGCUUCGGCUCCAACCACCCCACCUCUACCACCUUGACCCCGGUCGGCAGUCUAUUGACGCCGCCUACCAACAGCUCCACGGAUGGCUUGAGUCCGGUGUCUGGACCCACCAGCGCCGGCUCCCAAGGCAUCCUUCCGCCCUUCACUCCCAUCGGAGGUGGAAUGUGGCCUCCGCCAAACACCCACAACGCUUCGUAUGGCUAUCAGCCGGCCACAACCCCCCAGCAAAACUACGGUCACAACCGAGGAGGCUUGUUCUCGCCAUCAUUGAACUCCCUCGUUCGAGGCAACCCGACGCCCACGAAUGCCGAAGGUCUCCCGCCGCCUCCCUUCGAGAUGCCGCAAUACUCCUCAGCCCCAAUGUCCGCCCCGAGCUUGACCAGUGGCGCCCCGCAACAUCAGAUGAUUGGCAGUGCCAUGAUGGGCGGCCAGAACCCAAUCCCCACCUCCGUCUCUCAGUCUUCUCCCAUUCCCGCACAGGAUGCCUUUGCUCGUCCCCCGCCUACGGCCACAUACUACAACCACUCACAUUCGCAAUCCGCAACGUCUCAGCAAAACCCUUACUCCUAUUCGAAUGGCCCAUCGCCUGUCCACCAGAGCCCUGGCCACGGCAACGGAGCGAUGAAGAUGUCUUCAGGGAACGGUCAGCCCUUGCAAUCUCCUCACUCCCAAGCAUCCGCGUACAACCGCCAGUACCAAUACUCGCUCCCUGGACCCGUCCUCUCCAACGUCAACAACCCUGGCGGCCAAUUGCAAAUGGUUGGCGGCAUGCCGCAUAAUAUGGUCCCCGGUGGCUUCAACAGCGGUCAUGCGGCGGCACAGAUGCAACAACAAAUGUACGGCCACACGCAAGCCCAAGUCCAGCAGAAUGAUCGGCCAUUCCGCUGCGACCAAUGUCCACAGAGCUUCAAUCGAAAUCACGACCUGAAGAGGCAUAAGCGGAUCCAUCUCGCCGUCAAGCCUUUCCCAUGUGGUCACUGCGACAAGAGCUUCUCCCGAAAAGACGCGCUGAAGCGACACAUCCUCGUCAAGGGCUGCGGCAAAGCACACGGCACCACGGAAGUGAAGGAGCUCGAAGACUCUCUGUCACCGACAUCCGACAGCUCGAAUUCCGGCGGUGUCGUCACUUCAUCUCUUUGA